AUGAGAAUGUGUCUGUGUGUGUUAUAACGGUGCCGGAUGUGUGUGUUCGUGUAGGUGCACGAGCUGUUUGAGUGCUGGGUGGCGCUGUUACUGGGACCCGCAGCUCAACUUGUGUGUUUCCAGCAAAAACAACACACAGCGUGAUCUUCUGGAGAAUUCCUCGUCCUGUCCCAGCAUGGAGGCCCAUGACGUUCCUCCGUUGCCCACUGGAAGCACUCAUGUUUUCACCCUGGACCUGAAGAACGUAGAACAUGGCACCGCGCUGGACUGUGACUUUGGCGAUGGGCAGCUGUACAGUGCGCAGUGGCUGGACGGGUCGUCAGUGAACUGCAGCGGAGUGACCCUAAAAACUACAAUGUGGAGCAAGAUAUUUCAUCUGAACCUGCGGAGAAGAGGAACCAACACGUACAUAGACAGUCCAAAGCCAAUGACAGUGGAGGUGUACAGCUGCGGUGCGGGGGACAGUGACUGCUCUCAGUGUCGGGGCCGUGAGACGCAGGGUCACAUGUGCGUCUGGUGCCUUAACGACUGUCGUCAGCGAGACCAGUGCCAGACCAUCACUGCACACUGCCCAAAUCCUCAGAUCCAGAAGAUUGAGCCGCUGACAGGGCCGCUGAUGGGCGGGACGCUGCUCACGGUGCAGGGCAGGAAUCUGGGACACAGUGCUGAUCUCGUCAACGUCUCCAUCGGGGAUGUGCCCUGUAACCUGCUGCCUCAGUACUACACUGUUUCAGUCAAGUUGGUUUGCGAGACUGGUGCAUCGUGGGAAAAGAAGAGUGAUCAUGUUACAGUGAGCGUGGCCGGUAACGCAGUGGGCGUUUCAAAGGACACGUUCUCGUUUGUGGAGCCCAAACUGCUGGGGUUCACGCCACGGCAGGGUCCUCUCGCCGGAGGAACCAGACUCACCAUCCACGGCCAGUUCCUGGAUGCUGGAUCCACCGUUAAUGUCAAAAUCAACAGGACUCAAAACUGCAGCAUCUUCAUGCAGUCCAGUGAAGUCAUCCAGUGUGUGAUGCCUCCCGUUGCGCUCGCUGAGGACGUGUCCGUAUGUGUGGUGUAUGACGGCCAGCCGUGUCUCAGCACUUCACCCAACUUCGCAUUCACCUAUGAGAAAAACCCCACUAUCAUUCAAAUCAAACCCAACAAAAGCUACCUCAGUGGUGGUCGCAAUAUCUACAUCACUGGAUACGGCUUCAAUCUGGUGCAGUCGGCCAUGAUGGACGUGAAGGGAAUCGGACUGACGAACUGCUCGUGUGUGUCGUCCACUCUGAUGGUCUGUCAGUCUCCUGCGGCGGGUCAAUCCCAGCCUACCACGGCUCACUUCUACCUCAAUGAUGUGCUGUACAGAGGAGAGGACGCGUCUCCAUCAGACCAAGGGCUGGACGAGGACGAGGAGCCUCACGCUGACUCCUUUCACUUUGACUAUGUGGAGGAUCCACAGUUCUAUACGGCAAACAAAGAGAAACUCAUCAAACAUCACCCUGGAGAGCCGCUCAUCCUCGUCAUCAAUAAAGGGCCAAGCGAGCUGGACCUGACACUGGAUGAAUACUCAGUGACGAUUGGUUCAGACCUCUGUGACAUCACCUUCCAUAACGAGCAGCUGUUCCACUGCACCAUCAACAGAUCACUGAGCGCCAGCACUGGAGAUCUGCCUGUAACUGUGCGAGUGGGUAAUUUCCAUAAGGUCAUAGCGAAGGUUCAGAUGGGUGGAGGCAGUGAGCUGGCCAUAGUGGUCUCAAUCGUGGUCUGCUGUGUGCUGCUGCUGCUGUGCACUGUGGCACUGGUGGUUUACUGCACUAAGAGCCGCAGGGCAGAGCGGUACUGGCAGAAGACUCUGUUACAGAUGGAGGAGAUGGAGUCACAGAUCCGUGAGGAGAUACGCAAAGGUUUUGCGGAGCUGCAGACUGAUAUGACGGAUCUGACUAAAGAGCUCAAUCGCUCACAGGGAAUCCCAUUCCUGGAGUACAAGGAGUUCGUCACGCGCACCUUCUUUCCCAAGAUGUGCUGUGACUAUGAGCGGAGUCUGGUUCAGCCGGUGUAUGAGAACGAUCCGCUCGGCCCGCGAGCUCUGUCUGAAACCCAUCCUCUGCUGCAGGACUGGCAGCCAUGUAACACCACGCGGCCCAACCUGGAGGAGGGAAUCACUCUGUUUUCCACCCUUCUCAGCAACAAACACUUCCUGGUCACCUUCGUUCAUGCCCUUGAGCAGCAGAAAGACUUUGCCGUUAGAGACAGGUGCAAUCUUGCCUCUCUGCUCACUAUUGCCCUCCAUGGUAAACUAGAGUACUACACCAGCAUUAUGAAGGAGCUGCUAAUCGAUUUGAUUGAUGCUUCAGCCUGUAAAAACCCUAAACUGAUGCUGCGGCGGACAGAGUCAGUAGUGGAGAAGAUGCUGACCAACUGGAUGUCCAUCUGCAUGUACAGCUACCUUAAGGAGACGGUCGGUGAGCCGUUCUUCCUGCUGCUGUGCGCCAUCAAACAGCAGAUCAACAAGGGCUCGAUUGACGCCAUCACGGGGAAGGCGCGCUACACGCUCAACGAGGAGUGGCUCCUCCGCGAAAACAUCGAAGCCAAACCGCAGAACAUUAACGUAUCGUUCCAAGGUUUCGGGAUGGACUCGGUGAGCGUGCGUGUGAUGAACACCGACACUAUCUGUCAAGUGAAGGAGAAAAUACUGGAGGCCUUUUACAAGAACCUGCCGUUUUCCCAGUGGCCCAGAGAAGAGGAUGUUGAGCUGGAGUGGUUUCCAGAGGGACGCAGCAGCAGAAUCCUGCAGGAUCUGGACGACACGUCUGUCAUGGAGGAUGGAAGAAAAAAACUCAAUACCGUUUUCCACUAUCAGAUCCCAGAUGGGGCGUCACUGGCCAUGAGCUUGAAAGACACAAGAGACAACACACUGGGCAGAGUUAAAGAUCUGGACACAGAGAAGUACGUUCAUCUGGUGCUGCCGCAUGAUGAACUGACCGAGAGCAGGAAGUCCCACAGACACAGUCACAGGAAGAAGGUGUUGCCUGAGAUCUACCUGACACGCCUGCUCUCCACUAAGGGAACGCUGCAGAAGUUCCUGGAUGAUCUUUUUCAAGCCAUCCUCAGCAUUCCUCUGGAGAAACCACCGCUUGCCAUCAAAUACUUCUUUGACUUUCUGGAAGAACAGGCAGACAAGCGCGGCAUAACCGACCCGGACACGUUACACAUCUGGAAGACGAACAGUUUGCCUCUGCGCUUCUGGGUGAAUAUCCUGAAGAACCCUCAGUUUGUGUUCGACAUUGAUAAGACGGAUCACAUGGACGCGUGUCUGUCUGUCAUCGCUCAGGCUUUCAUUGACGCCUGCUCACUGUCUGACCUGCAGCUGGGCAAAGAUUCUCCCACCAAUAAGCUGCUGUAUGCCAAAGAGAUUCCGGAGUAUAAGAAGAGAGUGCAGUGCUACUACAGACAGAUUCAGGAGAUGGCGCCGCUCAGCGAACAGGAGAUGAACGCUCACCUGGCCGAGGAGUCACGGAAAUACAGGAAUGAGUUCAACACCAACCUGGCCUUAACGGAAGUCUACAAGUAUGCCAAGAAAUAUCGCAGUCAGGUGGUGAGCGCGCUGGACUCGAACCCGACCGCUCGACGCACUCAGCUGCAGCACAAGUUCGAGCAGGUCAUCGCUCUGAUGGAAGACAACAUCUACGAGUGCACCAGUGAGGCCUGAGACGCACACCCUCGUCCCUCCAUCUGAUCAAAACUCUCGUUUAAUGAGGAUGUUCAAGUGAAGGGAAGCAUCCGCUUGUUCUCGCUCUGAUGAGUUUGUUUGUUAAUUUUCGAUUGCUAUAGUAUUCAAGUAUUGACUUCAAAUGAGGAGUUUAAUUGUGACGCACUGACCCCACACUCGGGGAGAGCCAAUUAUGCACUGGAUUAUACAAGACCUUCUCCAUAGCAAUAUUUAUAGCUGUAUGAUGAGUUUAUAGUGUGAUUCAAUCAAUGUGAAUAUGUUUCUGAUGGGAUGUUUGUACUGCACUGUUCAAUGGCGUUUCAUUUUAAUUCCACGAUGCCUUGGACGACAAGUAAUGAUAUGAUUAACAUAUAACAGGCUUGAAUGAGACUGUUGCAUUUGUAUUAAUAUUUUUAAUUUUUUUUGAAGGGUUUGGAUCAUUCUUGGGUGGAUCCAAACCGAAAUGUGUGCAUUCUUCUGUAGAUAUUCUGCUGGAAAUGUUUAAUUUUUUUUUUUUUUUUGGAGAAAGAGGGAAAUUUUAUCAGUAAAGAUGAACUUUACUAAAA